GCUCUUGAUGAUAUAAAGUACUAAGGCAAGUCGUUGAGAAAAGCGUAACGCCGUAGACCUGUUCGCUAUAUUACAUACGUCUUCCAAGGGGAAAAAAGACCUCGUAGGCGCAAACCACUUAUACAGCGUAUUCAAGAUGGAAACACCCGAUACUAAACCGUAUAACUUGCCGGACAAUGCAGUUUGGUUCGUCACCGGCUGCUCCUCCGGCAUAGGACAAGGCCUCGCCCAAUACAUCGCCACCAAGAAGCCCUCACAACGCGUAGUAGCCACAGCGCGCAACCCAGCAUCGCUUUCCGACAUCCCAGACGGCCCUAACGUCCUAAAGCUAGCACUAGACGUAACUUCCGUGCCAUCCAUCGACGCCGCCUUCGACAUCGUCGUCAACAACGCAGGGUACAACCUAACAGGCGACACGGAAUCCUCGCCCCCCGGCAACGCCCCGCGCCCGCGCCCUUCUAGACACAAACUUCCGGGGCGCGGUCGACGUAUCCAAGCGCGCCUUAUCCGCGUUCCGGGACUCUAACCCCAGGACCGGACAGCGGGGCGGCGUUAUAUAUAAUAAACAUCUCUUCAUUGGGGGGAUAUCUCGGCAGCCCAGGGCGGGCAACGCCUUCUGCCACGCGAGUAAAUUCGCGCUCGAAGGGUUCGCGGAGAGCGUCGCGAAGGAGGUCUUUCCCGAGUGGAACAUCCACGUUGUGCAACGUGGAGCCCG